AUGUCUCGUCUCGUUGUCUGGGAACAAUUCCCAGUGAAACGACCUGAAGAUUUUGCUCUACUUGGUAUCAGUGCAAAGCCUCAAGGCAUCCUAUUAUGUGGACCACCUGGUUGUGGAAAGACGUUAUUAGCCAAAGCGGUGGCUAAUGAGACUGGCAUGAACUUCAUUAGUGUGAAAGGACCAGAACUCCUCAAUAUGGACCCAAACAUGAAUAUCAUUAAAUUCACUGAUGUUGCGAAAAUGCUGAAUAACUCGCUGUUGAAAGUCCAUGAGACUUUGCUUUUUUGGGUCAUCGCUGACAGCAAUUGUGUUGACGAAGUGCAUGUGUCCGAAGGAAGUGGGUAUUGA